AAUUUAGUUAUAAAUUUUAAUUUUACAAAUUUAGUUUUAAAUUUUAAUUUUAAAAAUUUAGUUUUAAAAUUUGGAUUUUUUUUUUUUUUUUUAGUUUUCGACGUUUCUUUUCCAAGUUAGGUUUAAUUCAAUAGUUCCCUUCUGAUAAUAAUAAUUUAUAAUUUCACUUUCUCAACCUCUCGGAUUUAUUACCGAUUUCCGGCUCUAGUUCCUGGCGGCCAACUACUUUAUCGGAAGUAUCUCCCAAAUGAGGAUAGGGUAGAUGGAUAUUUCCUGUUCGUGACGUGUCCAGAUGUCAAAGUAGUUUGAGGUACGAAUAAAUUAUAAAUUCUCUAAUUCCUUUUAUUUAUUUCUAAAUAAUUAUAUAUAUUUUUUUUUAUUAGGAGAAUUACCUAUAUAAGAUUUAGGAAAAUCUUGGUUAAUCAACCUCGCGACUCACUGAUCCCUAGGCCAGAGCUCUAACCUAACUCGCGCACGCGUGGUUAAUGUUCACACGCGGGAUGAAAUUUACGAGACAAAAGGAACCGAAUCGAACGUCCGUCUAUGUGUCCCGGUAUUUCACUGUACUGUAGUCGGAAUAUCACCAAAUAUACCCUAGCACCCCAGGCGUGGUGAUGCUAAUGCGGCUGCUCCCUCGAUGGAUGGAGUUUGGUGUUGAGUGGCUUGCAGGUUCCAAUGAUGAUCGUAAAAAGCGACCACGUACUGCAUUUUCAGCCUCUCAAAUUAAGGCUUUGGAAACGGAAUUUGAAAGAGGAAAAUAUUUAUCGGUGGCUAAAAGAACUGCAUUGGCUAAACAAUUGCAUUUAACUGAAACUCAGAUCAAAAUAUGGUUCCAAAAUCGUCGCACUAAAUGGAAGCGCAAAUAUACUGCCGAUGUAGAGACCUUAGCUUCACACUACUAUGCCCAAUUGGGCAUAGGAGGUUUAGCUCGUCCCAUGGUGGUCGGAGAUCGUCUAUGGUUAUUUAGUCAAACACCUGCCGGUCCUGCACCUCUACAAUCCAUAAUGCUAAAUAGUCCAGCACCAGCAAAUACACCUGCCUCCGCCAUAGCCCCCCUAGCUGCCACCCAGCUAAGAGCUUAUCCCGGUUCGGCCAUCAUGCAACCAUCGAUAGCCAAUGCCAGUGUUAUAGAAAGUGCUCGCAAUGCCAUACUCUCUCGGGGGCAACCUUUAAAUUAUGCUCUACCUUCAUAUCUAACACCACGCUCUCCUGCCUCCUCAUCAUCCACUUCAAAUUUAUCUUCAUCUCCACGAUAUUUAGAUUAUGCAGCUGCUUCGAGUCUUUAUCAAAGUUCACCAGCUCCCUCUGAUUCCUAUUUACAAAUGAAAUAUAAUGUUUUAAAUAAUCUAACAAUGCCCGAGCCGGAAUCACCGCCCACUUCAAAUGGUCUGGCCGAAUUGGAACGUGUAUUUGGUGAUACAAAUGCUAACUUUUUGGAACAUAAAUCUUUGAAUGGUGAAAAGGGUGGAAAUAAAACAGAUUUUGGUUUUAAUGGUUUGGCGGUAACGCAGCGUUCGGUUAAGACGGGUCAUGAAACGGAUUCAGAGUGCAGUGAUAUUGAUUGUGAACAGAUCGAUGAUGAAUAACGGAAUUUACUAUAUAGAGUUUAUAAUUUAGGUUAAAUUGUUGUCAUUAUAGAGAAAGCUCAACCCUUUUUAUGUUCGAAAUAAUAAAGUCAAAACAUUGUCUAGGCUUCGAUCCGUUUAAAUGCCAAUUUUUUCACUGAUUACAAGCAAAUUAAACCGGUAAAUAAAUUGUUUAAAAAUAUUAUAAAUUUCACAAUGAGUAGGGUAUCUUAAGGUUGGCCAUAGCCGGCUAAAUUUUCUUCUUAUUAGUUUUAAGAAAUGCAACCAAAGUAAACUAUUUAUUUUAGAAAUGUUAACUAUAAAGACUACUUACUCUUAGAUAUUAAUAUGUAAAAUAACUAAAUAAAUGUUCCUAGAAAUAUUUGAAUAAAA